AUGAUGCAAAGCUCAGCGCUCGCUGCCGAAGGGGCUGUCAAGGGGCUUCCAGAGAUUCUCGGUGUGCCGCUGCAACAGAUCCCCCAGUGUGCCGGCUGCAACCAGCACAUCCUGGACAAGUUCAUCCUCAAGGUGCUGGACCGGCACUGGCACAGCUCCUGCCUCAAGUGCGCCGACUGCCAGAUGCAGCUGGCCGACCGCUGCUUCUCCCGCGCCGGCAGCGUCUACUGCAAGGAGGACUUCUUCAAGCGUUUCGGGACAAAAUGCACGGCCUGUCAGCAGGGCAUCCCCCCCACGCAGGUGGUGCGCAAGGCCCAGGACUUCGUCUACCACCUGCACUGCUUCGCCUGCAUCAUCUGCAGCCGGCAGCUGGCCACGGGCGACGAGUUUUACCUGAUGGAGGACGGGCGGCUGGUGUGCAAGGAGGACUACGAGACGGCCAAGCAGAAUGAUGACUCGGAGGCGGGCGCUAAGCGGCCCCGGACCACCAUCACGGCCAAGCAGCUGGAGACGCUGAAGAACGCCUACAAGAACUCCCCCAAGCCCGCCCGGCACGUGCGGGAGCAGCUCUCCUCCGAGACGGGGCUCGACAUGCGGGUGGUGCAGGUGUGGUUCCAGAACCGGCGGGCCAAGGAGAAGCGGCUGAAGAAGGACGCGGGGCGGCACCGCUGGGGGCAGUUCUACAAGAGCGUCAAGCGGAGCCGCGGCAGCGGCGGCAAGCUGGAGAAGGAGAGCUCGGCCGAGGAGUGCGGCGUCAGUGACAGCGAGCUCAGCUUCCGCGACGACCAGAUCCUCGCCGAGCUCGGCCACGCCAACAGGGUGUACGGCGGCGACGCGCCCGGCGCCCCGCUGCUCAACGGCGGCUUCUCCGUGGACGGGACGGGCCAGCCCUACCAGGACUUGCGGGACGGCAGCCCCUACGGCCUGCCGCAGUCGCCCUCGUCCAUCUCCUCGCUGCCGGUCCCGCCGCCCUUGCUGGAGUACGCCAUGGACAGCGGCCUGGGGCUGGCGGCGGCCAGCGGGCCGGGGGGCCCGGCGCUGCGGGCCCUGGCGCCCGGCCCCACUUCCGACAUCUCCACGGGCAGCAGCGUGGGCUACCCGGACUUCCCCACCAGCCCGGCCUCCUGGCUGGACGACAUGGAUCACCCCCCUUUCUAA